UGUAACAUUUUUGCGUUGCCUGUUACGCAGGUAGGAGGGUAGCUGGUGACUGCAUUAACCAACAUGUUCAUCAAUCUCCUGCAUGUCGUGAUAGAUCGCUUCUGCAAACCCGAAUGAGAGAAACUUAUAAAACCAGAAAAGACACACCUUGUUUCGAGGACCUACACACAGUGCGAUAUUAAGCCUAUUCUGUAACCUUUUGGUUCAUGAUGAAAUCGAAGAAAUAUUUAAAGAACAAACCUGCCCAUUAACAACAGCAUUCCCAUAUUGUGCUUCCAGCUACUAUAUUGUGGACAGUUUUAGACUCAACGACUGCGCUUAAAGCAGAGACCAGCUGAAAGCUAAGCAUCAGCUCAAGAGGCUGUCAAUGACUUUCUCUGACAAAAACAUCUGCGAUCUCCCAUCUCCCGGCCACUUGUGCUUCAAUGGAAGGUGACAGCAAUCUCUCUGACCUAAAUAGAAUGUGUUUUUUUUACAUCGAGCAGAGCUACUGUUUUUAUAGUCCUACACCUGAGUGCUUGAAAAUAUAGUGCGUGUGUGUGGAAAAAAAAAAAAACUGCCCUUACCCUCAGCCUGAACAAAUUUCUCAACAUGAAUUAUACAAGAUCUCAUUAGCGUGAUGUUAAGGUCCACAAAGAGGUCUGGUUACUCCAAACUACAAGCAAUGGCUGCUUGCUUGUUUGAAUGAGAGAUGUGCAAGAUAAAUUACAUUGACGUAGUCUUUAAAACAAGGCAAAAAAAAGAAACAGUGAAAUGACAGUAUUUGUUUUCCCCCAAAAAUAACCCAAACUUUAACAAAAUUCCAGGCAUUUAAACGUAGUCCUAGCCACCUGCUGGUCACUAAACUCAUUACACUUGAUUUAAACUUAGUCUUAGCCACCUGCUGGCCACUAAAUUCAUUACACUCGAUUUAAACUUAGUCUUAGCCACCUGCUGACCACUCAACUCAUUACACUUGAUUUAACGUUGGCUUUAGCUGACUGUUGGGUACUCAAAAAAUGGCACUCUAUAUUUUUUGCUGAAUGAGGACAUUGCCCAUUUUAUUGCAGGUUCUGUGGCCCCCACAGACCCCCAGGUGAACUGUGCACGGCAGUAGCUCAGCUGCAGUCACAGACAGCAAUCACUACUUAUUCCAUCCAUGACACUCCCGCCACACAGCACAAUGAAGAUGCCUCUAACGAGCGAGGAACUGUCGCUUCCUUCUCCUUGGCAACGGUGCCUUGGUAACGGCAGGGAAAUUGAACAUCAAACUCAAACUAGUCCCAUCCUUCCACCACCAUUGCCCCCUCCCCUCCCCUCCCCUCACUACUCCUUUACUUGUCACUGUGCAUCAGCUGCACCUGCAGACAGAGAGAACAAGCAACACAGACACAGCAAGAGACAGAGCCGAGAGGAAAGGGAAGCUUACUUCUUCACUUCCAGAGAAGGGCAGCUAACGCUAGCUCUGUGUUUGUUGCUGGAACAACACUGGGAGCCUAAAAUCGUUUGACAGAGAAAAACAACAGAAAGCAUACAAGUGUAAAGCCCUGUGUGAGUGCUUUGACCCAGAGAAUCGUGGAAGACAACAGCAGGGUCUGUGACUCUAGAGGAGGAGGGAGCCAGAGAGCCAAGGCUAGCGUCAAGCAGGCCUUAUCUGUCCUGCAGCAGCCUCUUUUCCACACCUGAAGAAAAGGAGAAUAAACAGCAAGAUGGGAUCUGGUUCUUCAGCCUACGCCCCCAGAACCAUCCACCUGGACGUGGAAGGGAAGGUGCAGAAGGUGAUGUUCAGCCGACACUGCAGUCCAUGUGAUAUCAAGGAGCUGCUGUGUUCUUCGUCUAAUAUCCCCAGAAACACUGCAAUCAUGCUGGUGGACCGAGAAGGAGCCAUCAUUUCCAUUGACCCUACAAUGCCAUCGAAUUCCCGCAGUAGUCUGUACAAAGUCGUCCCUUUAUCGACUGGUCAGCUGGGAGAGAAAGAGGACAUGUUUCAGAAUGUCUUGUCCCAGGUGGCUGAGCAGUUCAGCAGAGCCUUUAGGAUCAACGAGCUGAAGACAGAGGUGACGAACAGACUGGCCAUGCUAGAGAAGAGAGUGGAGUUGGAGGGUCUGAAGGUGGUGGAGAUUGAGAAGUGUAAGAACGACUUGAAGAAGCUCAGGGAUGAGAUGACUUCCAGAGGCAGCAGAGUGAACUGCCCUUGUAAGUAUAACUUCCCUGAUGAUGGUAAGAAGAUGACACCCAGGAGGGAUGUCCCCAGCUAUCCCAAGUACACUCUGUCCCAGGAGACCAUCGAGGCUCUGAAGAAGCCUACCUUUGAUGUGUGGCACUGGGAACACAAUGAGAUGCUGAGCUGUUUGGAGUAUAUGUACCAUGAUCUGGGCCUGGUAAAGGAGUUCAACAUGAACCCAAUCACACUAAAACGCUGGCUGCUGAGCAUUCAGGAGAACUACCGCAACAACCCCUUCCACAACUUCCGUCACUGCUUCUGCGUCAGCCAGAUGAUGUACGGCAUGAUUCACCUGUGCAACCUGCAGGAGAAGCUGACCCAGACUGACAUGGGGAUUCUCAUGACUGCAGCAGUGUGCCACGACCUGGAUCACCCCGGCUACAACAACACUUAUCAGAUCAACGCGCGCACGGAGCUGGCUGUCCGCUACAAUGACAUCUCUCCACUGGAGAACCACCACUGCGCCGUGGCCUUCCAAAUCCUCACCCAGCCGGAGUGCAACAUCUUUGGCAAUGUGGACUCCGAGGUCUUCAAGCAGAUCAGACAGGCCAUCAUCACCCUGGUCCUAGCCACUGACAUGGCCCGCCACGGAGAGAUACUAGACUCUUUCAAACAGAAAGUGGACAACUUUGACUUUACAAACGAGGAGCAUGUGACCUGUUUGAAGAUGGUGCUGAUUAAGUGCUGUGACAUCUCCAAUGAGGUGCGACCCACAGAAGUGGCAGAGCCCUGGGUGGACUGCCUGCUAGAGGAGUACUUCAUGCAGAGUGACCGGGAGAAGUCGGAAGGGCUCCCAGUAGCUCCCUUCAUGGACCGGGACAAAGUCACCAAGCCCACGGCUCAGAUCGGCUUCAUCAAAUUCGUUCUGAUCCCCAUGUUUGAAACGGUCAUGAAGCUGUUCCCUCAGAUCGAGGAGAUCAUGGUGCAGCCGCUGAGAGACUCCCGUGAUCACUACGAGGAGCUGAAGCAAAUCGACGAUGCCAUGACCGAGGCACAGAAGAAAAAAACUGAAAAUAUGUCACUAGGAGGGAAGAAGAAAUAGGAAAGCCCUCGCCAGUGUGGUAUUGUGGAUCGUGGUUGUCCGUUCGGUUUGGGGAUCUCAACAGGCCUUCCAGCUGAGGCUGGCGCUGUGGGAUUGAGUCUUCCUUCAUGAGCCACUCACAGCAGUGGUCGGAGAGUUUCACAGUCCAGCGGAUUUGUUCCUACAAAGGAUUUUGGAAUUAGUUAUUGGUAACGCUUCAUUCUAGGUAGCAUUAGUUACACAAUAAAGACACCCUGAAAGAGACAAGCUUCCCACCGUCUCGGUGUGUUUAACAUGCCUUUGCCAAGGGAGUGUGUGUGUGAAAACAAACAGUGGAGGUACUUGUAGGCUUUGAUGCCAUGGUAACAAUACUAACUUUUAAAUCAAUUAAUGUGUUUGCAAUGUCAUUUAUUACAUAAUUAAUGAUCUGCUAUUCCUUUCUAUUUAAAUC